AUGUUGUUUUUGAGCAAGACUGCGCAAAUUUUUGGAGAAACAUCUCUUGUGAGUAUGAGUAUCAAUCGGCACCGCAAAGCUUCUAGCAUUAUCCAUCCGGUCUUGAAAGUAGCUCACCGGAUCAUUGCUUCUCUCUUAUUCCCUCAAGAAGAGAUUAGCAAAGCUAAUAAAAAAGAGCUAGAAGUCUUGUGGUGUAUGAUUAACAAGCCUGCAGAAGUCCCUCAUUUUGGUUGUUGGGUUAUUCAAAAAAUGCUCAGAAGUGCUACGAGCAAUGGUGGACAGCUACAUUGUGGAGGCAUGGUUUCUAUUAUUGCAGAGCAUCUUGGCCUCCAUCUACCUAAUAACCCAACAAACAUCAUCAUGGGCCGUACUCGUCUAUCAAUUGAUGUUAUGGAAACAAUGCAUCUCUUCCACCGCCUUCCCACUGGGGAUAUUCAUUGGACAGUAGAUGGGAAAGAGUAUCUACGUAUAGACAGCAGAAAUAAGAAGAUACUCAAUUUAGCCAAUGAUAUUCCAUCAACUAAUUGGAAACUCAGAUCCAACUUAGGUGUUACAGUAGAUCAUAGUCCUCCAUCCUCUCCUCCUCCUGCUCCUCCUGCUCCUACUGCUGGUGCUUCUAGUUCCUCUCGCCCUAUUCCUUUUUCUGAACAUAAUCUUUAUAUGGGCGAGUUUGCGCGUUUGAAUCAUCGUUACACCAGUCUACAACAGGAAAUCGGGGACAUUUAUACGGGUGUCGCUGAAAUCACUUCUGAUUUUCAGGACUACCGUAACUUACAGGAAGAGCAUUGGGCCCAACAAGAGUUGCGGUGGGCUGAGCAAGAUCAAAGAUGGGCUACUCAAGAGCAGCACAACCGCAACAUUCACCAUCUGCUGAGUGAUAUCCAUAGAGUUCUUGUGCUCCCCACACAGUCGCAGCAGCCAUCAGCAUCCCAACCCCAAUGGCCUCCCUACUAUCCUACAGAUUACCCUUCACAGUUCCCUCCAUAUCCUCCGCCUGGUCCUCAAUAG